AUGUCAAUUCUGGCAGUAUUGACGGAGGACCUGCUAGUUAGGGUGAACUCCAGAAUCGAAGACGGCGCCGAACGGAGAUCGUGGCGACUGGUGUGCAAGGAGUUCCUCCGGGUCGAUUCCCUGACCCGAAAAUCUCUCUGGGUCUCGCGGUCCGAGUUCAUCUUCUCUCUACUCCGGCGGUUCCCAAACGUCGACGCCCUGGAUCUCUCCGCCUGCUCGCGGGUCGACGACGGGAUGCUGACACUGCUGCUGGCUCGCGGGAACUUGAGGUCCCUGAAUCUGAGCAGGGCGACGAACGAGAUGUCGUUUAAGGGCCUGGCGCUGAUUGCUUCGGCGUGUUCGCAGCUGGAGAAACUCGACGUUUCGUACAACUGCCGGCUUGGGGAUCGAGAGGCGGCGCCCAUUUCAGGGAUUGAAGGGUUGUGCCAGUCGAAUCCUAGCCAUGGACGAAAUGGAUGCCCGCAGAAAGACGAACCUCGUCGGGAGUGA